AUGGACACACAGCACGGGAGGUUGUCCUCACAGCAAGGAAGUCGACAACCUACUCCAAAACCUCCUUCCCACAACUUCUCACACCACCAGCAAGGCCUAGACCCUGGUGUAGACUCGAACACCUUCACCACAAACAAAUUCAACACAACAUGGCAGAAUCCUUGGGGGGGUCAUCAGCUGCAGAACAUGCAGGGCGUACAAGAACAGAUGUAUACCAAUAAUCAGUUCAAUACUACAGCUUUUCAAGAGAACCAAUACUCAGACCCAGCCUUCACGCAGAACCUGAAUACGAACGACUUUUUUGCGAGCGGCAUGAGCACAAACGAUUACGGUGACGACCUGUCAUACCUCAACUCGGGUUUUCCAGUUACCCAGCAAAGUAACGUCAACCCGGCAGAUCUGAGCAGACCGCCACCAGAUCAUAUCUCCUCCUGUGACGCCUUGUUGUCAGCCGAGAGUCACAACUCUCCUAGGCAGCAAAACACGUCACCAACAUCGACAAACGGCCAGUACCACACGCCUCAACAUUCAAGACACGCUUCCCUCGAUCCAUCGAGCGCAUAUGACAUGUCAAACACUUGGCAAAACAUGCAAUUCCAGCAUGGGAGGAUGCCAUCAGAUCAGUACUCCGAAGUGCCGAGUCAACGUUCGCCAUAUCUAGCGCAAACGGAAUUGAAUCAGUCAGACCCUAAUAAGUCGCCCUUCUUGUAUCCGCAAGACAAUAACACGUUUGGCCUGGAAACAGUGAAUAUUGGCGAUACUUCGAGUCAGUCGGGUGCGACAUAUGUAUCACCACGACUACUACCGCAGCAAGCAUUUGCUCUUGACUCGCAAAUUGGCAAGCAGGAAAUGAGAGCGGACCUUUUUGCAGAUCAGCCCGCGUUCCAGACCCAGAUGCCUUCAUUACACAACCGCAACUUGUCAUCUGUAUCUGACAUGGGACAAGCCGAUCAAUUUGCUGUUCCAAACAUACAAAUCGACCCUGCUCCAACAUCAAGACAGCCCAGCUUCGGCGACCGAGGCGAGAUGGACGAAAACGACGCUCUCAGUCCACCUAGUUCUUUCGGCCGAGGACGAAAUCGAUCAAAGUCAGACGUGACUGGAAUGACUCGCCCUGUGAACUCGAGAUCGGUAUCGCCCUCCGUAAAGAAAGAGCAUAACGAUAAUUUGUCCGUCCGCUCUCCCUCACCAGGUCCUAGAUCCCGAGAAUCGUCACCUGGAGUGCAAUCUGGGCGCAUCAGCAAAGACACUCAGAACCGGAGAUACAGCGCAUCGUCUGUGCAGAAUCGUGACUACAUCCUUGAUCUUGCGGAUCCUUCGAGACCGAAUGCUUCACCGAAUGCGGGUGGCAGCAGUCGAGUACAAAAGCACCCGGCCACCUUCCAGUGCAAUUUGUGUCCGAAGAAGUUUACUCGCGCGUACAACCUCCGAUCUCAUCUUCGAACGCAUACCGACGAACGGCCUUUUGUCUGCACCGUUUGCGGCAAGGCAUUCGCUAGACAGCACGAUCGAAAAAGGCACGAGGGUCUGCACAGUGGAGAGAAGAAAUUCGUGUGCAAAGGAGAGCUCAACUCGAAGCCAGGAGAAACAUGGGGCUGCGGACGACGAUUUGCUAGAGCAGACGCACUAGGUCGACACUUUCGAUCUGAAGCGGGCAGAGUGUGUAUCAAGCCACUACUCGACGAAGAAGCAAACGAAAGGCGGAACCAGCAAUACAGGAAUCAGCAAGCAAUGCACCAUCAACAGGCGGCCGCCAUGCAACAGCAGUAUAUGCAAAGCAGCCUGCAGCCUGUGCAUCCUGGAAUCAUCAUACCCAUGGAUCCUGAUGCGUCCCCGCAACCAGCUUUCGCACUCCCUGCUGCUUUGAUGGCGCAGUACCCACAACUAGCAAAUAUCGACUGGGAUGCGAUUAGUAGUCAAAACAUGGCUGAUGAUGGAGAUCUGAGCGACGCUGGAUAUGACGUCGGAAGUGGUUACGAUGAUGGGUCGUUAGGUGUGAAUUGGCAGGGGCAGGGAUAG